ACACGCAUAACUACUGCAGUAGUAGCGCUUAAAGUUUAUAGUGAACACGAAAUUCAAGGGAAACAAAGCUAAUCAUGGCAUCGCAAAAAAUUAUACGAAAAAUAAUAUCUUCUUCGUUGAGUCCGAAACCUGUUGGUCCGUACAAUCAAGCGGUGCUUAUAAACCGUACUGUAUAUUUAUCUGGAGUUCUCGGUGUUGAUACUGAAACACAAAAACUCGUUGAUGGAGGCACCAUUGCUGAAGCUCGUCAAGCUCUUAUAAAUAUGGGACAUAUUUUGAAAGAAGCUGGAUCAAGCUAUGAUAAAGUUGUUAAAACAACAAUCUUCUUAAACGAUAUAAACGAUUUUGCUGGAGUAAAUGAAGUUUACAAAGAAUUUUUUACAGAUAACUAUCCAGCCCGAUCUACGUAUCAAGUUGGAAAAUUACCUAUGGGAGCUCAAGUUGAAAUUGAAGCUAUCGCUGUUAGUGGAGAAGUAGAAACAAUUUAAAUGUUGUAAAUCAAGAUUAUUUUACAAAAUUAAUGCAUGUACAUAAGGAACUGUACGUAAUGUUAAAAACACUGUAGUAGAUGUUAAGUAGAUCUUUUUAUCACUUGUUUGUAUUUCCUACUUUUCUUCUUGUUACCGUGUAUAAAUAUAUUGUUAAAUCAAAUAUUAUUACGUUUUAUACCGAACAAAUAAGAAGAUAUAUAUGUAUAUAUAUUACUCAAAA